UUCUCCUCAUAAACCUCAAUUUGUAAUCAAAUUGGAGACAUUAAUUUUUUUUGGAAAAUGCUAGGGGUACACCAAAAGUGUACCCCAAACAUCCCCACCUCCUCCAUCGCCACACAAAAAAGGCAAAAAAUUUUCAAAAAAAUUUAAAAAUAAAAACAAAAUAAAAUGAAUGGUUAGUACGAGGGUGAUGUAGGGUACAAACCGGUAAGGGCACCGAUUAUGGAGUCUUGGGGUGACGGUACCUGUCCAUGGAUAGGACCCUUGGUUUACACGGAAGCAGCAAUAGUAAUACCCUUGUGUUUCCCAAUUUCAAUGUAUUCUUUUUCGAGUAUAUAACCCAAGAAACCCUCCAAAUUUCUAACUCCAUUUUCUCUCUCUCUCUCGAGAAAAACCCUGAUGCGACGAUGAAUAGACAUGAGCCAGCUUACGCCGGCCGGCCGCACUCCUCGUCGAGGACGUGUGGCUACGCGCCGGGCAGUUACUACAAGCAGCAGCGUUUUCCGUCUCGGCAGCAGCAGAGUCGCCCUCUCCGCAACCACCGCGGUGGCCCUCCGGGAGUGAGGCCUUCGUGGAAGCAGCCGAAUUUCACAAUCCUCCUCCGGCUGAGAAAUAAGACGCUGACGAGGUCGGAAUUGGACAGACUCGUUGAGGAAUUGCCGCGGCGGCCGCAUGAUUUCUUUUUGUGUGAGGGCAGUGUCUUUUCCGGGAAGCUGUUUUACCAGCAGUGGUCGGAGGCGCUGGAGGUAAUUGUGUUCUUGUGGAGACAAAGGCUUGACGGAAAGAGUUCUGUGACGCCUUUUCUUGAGCAGAAUGUGGAGGUGUCUUCGGACAAGCUUGAGUUGGGGGAACGUAUCACGGACCUGUUUCUUGAGAAGCUUGAGGAGUUAUUGGACGGGGAAUUAGUGCAGAAAUGUCGGAAGAAGUUGGCACUGGUGCUAGACGAGCUUGAUAGGGUCUCUGCCCAGCUCCGGAAACCCAAUCUUUUAGGUGUUGCUGCUAAUCUGCUGAAAAAGAAGGAGGCUUUCUUGGCCGAACGAGAUUUGAUAAGUAAAAGGAUUGAGGAGUUCAAGAAUGGGGUUAAGUUUAUAAUGCUUUAUUUGAAGCGGGAGAAGGAGAUGGAUGCUUCUGGGGUGAGUCUUUUUCAGCUCGAUAGAAAAUUCGAUUGGGACCGGAUUCAUCAUAUAGUAAAUAGGGAGUGUAGAAGGCUAGAAGAUGGCUUGCCCAUUUUUUCAUUCCGGCAAGAAAUUCUCAGUCAAAUACGUGGCCAACAGGUCACUCUUUUGACCGGUGAGACUGGUUCAGGAAAGAGCACUCAGUUGGUGCAGUUCCUUGCUGACUCAGGAAUUGGUGGAAAUGAUGCCAUAGUUUGCACUCAGCCCAGGAAACUUGCUGCCACCUCCUUGGCGAAUAGGGUUAAACAUGAAUGUCUUGGUUGCUAUGAGGAGAAUUCAGUUAGCUGCUAUCAAUCAUAUUCAUCUAAACAUCAGUUUGACUCAAAGGUAAUAUUUAUGACGGAUCAUUGCCUUCUGCAGCAGUAUAUGAGUGAUAAUUAUUUAUCCAAGAUAUCAUGCAUCCUUGUUGAUGAAGUGCAUGAAAGAAGCCUAAACACUGAUCUUCUUCUAGCAUUACUAAGGAACUUGCUUCAGCUGAGGCCUGAUAUGAGGCUCAUCAUCAUGUCUGCCACCGCGGAUGCAAAUCAGCUUGCAAACUACUUUUUUGGAUGUGGAAUAAUUCAUGUGGCUGGCAGAACAUUUCCCGUUGACAUUAAGUAUGCCCCUUGUGAAUCUGAAGGUUGUUCUGGUCCUGUUGCUUCUUAUGUUUCCAAUGUUGUCAAGAUGGUGCUUGAGAUCCACAACACAGAGGGAGAUGGAACAAUUCUUGCAUUCUUGACUUCUCAAGUGGAAGUAGAAUGGGCUUGUGAGAAGUUCUGCUCACCAUCAGCUGUUACAUUACCUUUACAUGGAAAACUCUCUGGUGACGACCAAAAUCGAAUUUUUUUCGAUUUCCCAGGAAAGCGAAAGGUCAUAUUCACUACGAAUAUUGCUGAGACAUCUUUGACAAUUCCAGGAGUCAAAUACGUUGUUGAUUGUGGCCUGAUGAAACAGAAGUGGUUUGAACCUGGAACUGGCACAAGUGUUUUGAGGGUUUGCAUGAUCAGUCGAAGUUCUGCAAAUCAAAGAGCUGGGCGAGCUGGGAGAACUGAACCUGGAAAAUGUUAUAGACUCUUCCCUGAAACUGAUUUUGAGAGUAUGCCCUAUCAUGAAGAACCUGAAAUCUGCAGGGUUCAUCUUGGUAUUGCAUUACUGAGGAUUCUUGCAUUGGGCAUAAAAGAUGUCCAGAAAUUUGAAUUUAUUGAUGCACCUUCCUCAGAAGCUAUUGAGAUGACUUUCCGAAGUCUAAUUCAGUUAGGAGCUAUAACUCAAAUUGAUGAUGGUUAUAAAAUAACUGAUGAUGGAAGACUUCUAGUGAAGCUGGGUAUUGAGCCUCGGCUGGGAAAAAUGCUCCUUAGUUGCUUCCGAAAUCGUUUAGGUAGAGAGGGUGUUGCACUUGCCACUGUUAUGGCAAACUCCAGCAGCAUUUUCUGCAGAGUCGGCACUGAAGUAGAAAAACUAAAAUCCGAUUGCCAAAAAGUGCAAUUUUGCCACCCCUCUGGUGACCUUUUCACUCUUCUAUCUGUUUACAAGGAAUGGGAUGACAUGCACGUGCCUCCGGAAAAGAAAAAUAGGUGGUGCUGGGAUAAUAGUAUCAAUGCCAAAACCAUGAGGAGAUGCCAGGAAACUCUGCAAGAAUUGGAAGCGUGCCUUCAGAAUGAGCUGAGAAUCAUCAUUCCAAGUUACUGGCGAUGGAAUCCCCGAGUACAUUCUGAACAUGAUAAAAUUUUGCAAAGUAUAAUACUUUCAUCCCUUGCUGAGAAUGUGGCAAUGUACUCUGGUUAUGACCGGCUUGGUUAUCAGGUGGCACUCACUGGGAAGCAUAUUCAAUUGCAUCCUUCGUGUUCAUUGUUGAAUUUCUGUCAAAGGCCAAGUUGGGUCGUGUUUGAUGAGAUUUUGGUAGCAGCUAAAGAGUAUCUUGUUUGUGCAACUGCUUUUGACUUCACCUCUUUAAUGGCACUUUCUCCUCCUCCAUCGUUUGACUUUCUGAAGAUGGAUGCUCGAAAGCUGCAAAAGAAGGUUUUGACGGGGUUAGGUAGCAUGGUUCUCAAGAGGUUCUGCGGAAAGUCUAAUACUUGCCUCAAUCAUCUUGUUUCACGAAUCAGAACAUCAUUUAUGGAUGAACGCAUUGGCAUUGAGGUGGAUGUUGAUCACAAUGAGAUUUUGUUAUAUGCGUCUUCUGGAGACAUGGAUGGAGUUUUGAUGUCUGUAAAUGAAGUGUUGGAACACGAGCAUAAAAUAUUGAAAAAUGAGUGUUUGGAGAAAUGCACAUACAAGGGAGGAUCUUCGUUUUCAGCUUCCUUUGUUCUUUUUGGGGCUGGUGCGGUGAUAAGGCAUUUGGAGCUAGAUAAGAGAUGCUUGACUAUUGACAUAUACCAUUCAAAUGUAAAUGCAAUUGAUGAUAAGAAGUUGUUGAUGUUUUUGGAGAGGAACUGCGGUGACAUAGGUGUGGUCCACAAGUUUAUAGGCUCAAGUCAAGACAGUGAGGAGAGAGAAAAAUGGGGCAGGGUAACAUUUAUCAGCCCUAAGGCAGCGAAUCUGGCUACUGCACUAAACUCUGUUGAUUUUAAUGAUGGUGUCCUGACAUUAGUUCCUUCAAAGAUAAUCUGUGGUGGCGAUCAAAAGAUUUUUUCAUCUCCUUUGCUCAAAGCGAGAAUCUGUUGGCCGCGUAGGAGUAGUAGAGGGACAGCUAUUGUGAAAUGCAACCGAAAUGAUGUCACUUCUAUACUUGAUGACUUUUCUUCUAAUCUAAUAAUAGGAGGAAGGUAUGUUCAUUGUGCGCGGAGCACAAAAACCUAUGACAGCAUAGUUAUAUCUGGAGUUGGUAAAGAUGAUUCUGAAUCUGAGAUCUUUGAAGAGUUAAGUGUAUUGACGCCCAAGAAGAUCAUUGAUGUGUUUUUCAUCAGAGGAGAUGCAGUAGAACAUCCUUCACUAGUUGCUCUUGAGGAAGCUCUGUUGAGAGAAAUAUCAUCAUUGAUGCCUAAGAAGGCUCCCUAUGGUAACUCUCUUCGUGUCCAGGUCUUCCAACCUGAACCAAAUGAAACUUAUAUGAGAGCAACUAUCACAUUCGAUGGAAAUCUUCACCUAGAAGCUGCAAAGGUGUUAGAACAAAUGAAUGGGAAAGUGUUGCCUGGAUGUUUUCCAUGGCAGAAGAUAAAAUGCCAACGACUGUUUCAUAGUUCUCUGUCUUGUUCUGCACCAGUGUAUCAUGUAAUUAGGAUGCAGCUCGAUGCUUUACUUGCAAGAUUCCGGAAUCGUAAAGGUGUGGAAUGCAGUCUUGAUCGGAAUGAGAACGGGUCAUAUAGGGUCAAGAUAACUGCAAAUGCUACCAAAAUCGUGGCAGAAGUUAGAAAGCCUUUUGAGGAGGUUUUGAACGGAAAGGUGAUAGAGCAUGAAGGUGUUACUCCCACGGUCCUACAACAUCUCUUCUCUUGGGAAGGCAUCAGUCUUAUGAGGUCAAUUCAGCAGGACACUGGGACCUACAUUCUCUUUGACAAGCAUAACGUAACCGUUAGAAUAUUUGGUUCCCCGCACAGGGUUGACAUGGCACGUCAGAAAUUCGUGGAAUCCCUCCUUGCGUUGCACGAAAGCAAGCAACUCGUGGUCCAUCUCCGCGGUGAAACCUUACCCCCUGAUCUGAUGAAGAGAGUGGUUCAGAAGUGUGGGCCCGAUCUGAUCGGGCUAAAGGAGAUGUUCCCCGAGGGGGACUUCUCUCUCAACAUCAGACACCACUGCAUUCACAUAAAAGGCAGCAGUAAAGAUCUGAAGCAAAGAGUUGAGGAUGCCAUUUACGAGAUCGCCCAGACAGGUGGCACGAAUAUCCAAAGGAACGACGAAGAAGCCAGCUGCCCAAUCUGCCUGUGCCAGGUGGACGAUGGUUACAGGCUCGAAGCCUGUCUCCACCAGUUCUGCCGGUCCUGCCUUGUGGACCAGUGCGAGUCUGCAAUCAGAAGCAGGGACGGUUUCCCCUUGCGCUGUCUCCACAGAGAUUGUGGGACCCCCAUCAUCGUUGCGGACCUGAAGUCUCUUUUGACGGUUGACAAGCUGGAAGAGCUCUUCCGGGCAUCCUUGAGUGCUUACGUGGCAGGAAACCCGUGUUACCGGUUUUGCCCCUCACCCGACUGCCCGUCAAUCUACCGCGUGGGAACAGACUCGGCAUUCGUCUGCGGAGCGUGCUACGCGGAGACAUGCACAAGAUGCCACCUGGAGUACCACCCCGACCUUUCGUGCGAGAAGUAUCGCGAGUUCAAAGAUGACCCUGACCUGUCCCUCAAGGAGUGGUCGGACGGGAAGGAGAACGUGAAGAAGUGUCCCGUGUGCAAGUGCACCAUAGAGAAGGUGGACGGCUGCAACCAUGUCGAGUGCCGGUGUGGGAAACAUGUUUGCUGGGUCUGCUUGGAGGUAUUUGAAUUCAGCGAUGAUUGCUAUAAUCAUUUACGUUCCGUCCAUUUGGCCAUUAUAUAAUACAUAUAGCACUACAGUCUUCUUCUGUAUAUAAACAUGUAUCUAUUAUCUCUAUGUGUUUAUUAUUAUCCGUAUGCCAUUACCAUGAAUGCAUUCAUCAGAAUGUGUAUGUUUCGACAACGUAAAUCUACUACUCUGUCGAAUGUACGAGUAUCCUU